AUGGUAACUGACAUCAAUGAACCCCGCACAGAGCCUGCCUAUGCACUGACGAGCCUGCUCUGGACCGUGCACACUUCCUGCCCCACACUCCCACUCAUGCCCCCCUCCCCCAACCACCUCUCUCCCCCCCCGCACCCUCUUGCUCCUUUUACGCACCACAACCCGGCACAGCUGAUGGCGCCGCGCACCUUCGCCCUCGUGUGCUUCCGCCUGCGCCCGCCGGGGCAGGCAGAGCAGCACACGGAGGGGCACGGCGGAGGGGAGCAGGGGGGCGGGGCGAGGGGCGGUGGUGGCGAUGAGGGGUGGGUGCUGAACGAGGCCCUGCUGGAGGCCGUCAACUCGUCGGGAAAAGCCUUCCUCACUCACACUCUCCUCGCAGCACUCCGGAUGCGCUCCCUCCACCACCUUCCUCCCCUGCUCUCCUCACGCUCCUCUUCAACCCUCGCUGUCCCUCCCUCCGUUAUUCGUUAUAGUCACGUCGCCAUGGCCUGCUGCAGCCUUCAGCUCGCGGCUCCCACCGCCACGUGGAAGGGUCAGGCGCAGUCGCUCACGGCUGCCGGCGACAAAUCGUCGUUCUUUGGGCGACUUCCUGCUGUCUCACGGUCGCCGCUCGUCGCCGACGUCAGCGUCGUCGCGUCGCGCCCCGCCGCGUCCAGGCGGGUCUCCGCCGCUCCGCGCGCGUCCAGCGGGCUCAUCGGCGUGAGCGGCGACGUGGUGUCGCCGCGCGCGGCGCGGCAGAAGAUCCCGCCGAUGCAGCCGGUGGUGAUGACGCCGUCGGGCCCGGCGGACCUGAUGUCGGCGUUCCUGCGCAACCGCAUCAUCUUCGUGGGGUCCGCUAUCAACCAGCAGAUGGCGCAGCGCGUCAUCCAGCAGCUCCUCGCGCUCUCCGCCGUCGACGACCGCCAAGACAUCAAGAUGUACAUCAACUGCCCCGGCGGCAGCACGUACUCCGUGCUCGCCAUCUACGACUGCAUGGCCUGGAUAAAGCCGGAUGUGCAGACGGUGGCGUUCGGCAUGACGGCGUCGCAGGGCGCGCUGCUGCUGGCGGCGGGCACCAAGGGCAAGCGCCUCGCCAUGCCCAACUCGCGCAUCAUGAUCCACCAGCCCCAGGGGGGGUGCGGGGGUACAUCAGAGGACGUGCGGCGGCAAGUCAACGAGGUCAUGUCGUCUCGUGAUAAGCUGGACAAGAUGUUCUCAGCAUUCACAGGGCAGCCAGUGGAGCUCAUUCAGAAGUACACCGAAAGGGAUCGCUUCUUUUCUGCUGCUGAGGCCAUGGAGUUUGGGCUCAUAGACGGGCUGCUCGAGACAGAGUACUAG